AAUUUGGCUCCUCAAUAAUUGUCCCUUUCGUUUGAUGCCCAACAUUCACCUGUUCAUACAUACUAUAUUGGAUAAGUGUUCCAAAAAAACUUGAUGUUCUUUUAAGUGAUGAGUGACAGCGACGAUAAUAAUAGUGCUGAUAAUAGUGAUCAGCAAUAUACGGUUAUUGAUCAAUCAUAUGGUCAAGACAAUGAUGAUCACGAUAGUAAUUCGAAACAUCAUCGAAGAAGUCGACGACGAGAAUCUUCGAAAAUGAAAAAACACGAAACUAUUAAUUUAGGCGAUGAUUCGGAUGAUGAUGGGGAUGGUAAUUCUAUUCCUGGUAAUUCAUCAGCCGGUCGUUAUGAAGAGGAUGAAGAUUAUCACGAACCUGGAUCAUCAUCAAAAAAGAAACGUACUAGCAGUAGUACAACUCGUAAUAUGGCUUCCAGUAGUAACAGUGGCCACAGUGACAAUCGAAAAAAAUCAAAAAAAUCCAAAUCAUCAUCAUCAUCAUCAUCAUCGUCAUCAAAACAUCAGAUGCAAGAUUCAGAUACUGAACAAUCAAUGGCUGUUGAAGAUUGUGGUUCGACAGCAACAACUAGCCAUGAUGAUCAACAAUCGAACGGGCAACGAUUGCCACCAUUGAAAAUUAAACUAUUACCACCGCGAGAAAAAUCUAAACGAUCUUCAAAACGAAAUAACCGAGAUAACGAUGAUUCAAUUCACUCAGCCAACGAUGAUGAUGAUUUUCAAAUGGAUAGCCACCAUUCGACUAGUAACACUAGAAAAAGUUCUUCGAAAAGUUCUGUUCCUGAUCCGGAAUCAUCUACAACACCAAAUAUACCAACACGCCGUUCAGAACGAAUAUUUGUUUCGAAUGCCAAAAAAGGGGAUACCAUCCAAGACAAUGCCGGAGAAACAGGUGAUGGUGGUGAUAGCGGUGCUGGUGAUGAAUUGGAACCUGAUUUCAAAAUUAUUCAUAAAGAUGUUUGCAAUUCUUGUCGACAAAGUGGUGAGCUAAUUCUUUGCGAUUAUUGUCCACGCGCUUAUCAUAAAGUUUGUCUCGACGAUGAUAUUGGUGCAAACGAUGAGCUGCCUGAUGAUUGGUGCUGUCCACAUUGUCAAACUCACGGAAAACCGACACCUAAAGAAUUGAAACAGCAAGUUGCCGCUAUUGUGGCCAAAAAGAAGAAAAAACAAAUGUCAGCUGCUGCCAAAAGUCAGCAAUCAACACCACAACAACCAUCAACAUACGCAACAAAAGCGGUCAGUUCCAGUUCCAAAGAAAAAGAAAUCGAAAAUCGUGAUUAUUGUGAAAUCUGUAAUCAAUGUGGUGAACUAUUACUUUGUGAUACGUGUCCACGGGCAUAUCAUCUAGUUUGUAUGGACGAAGAUAUGAAAAACAUACCAGAAGGCCAAUGGUCAUGUCCAUAUUGUCGGGAACAUGGUGUAGAUGCUAGUAAUGCAGAACUUGAAACUUCUACUACCGAAAAAAGUGAAAAAGUAGAAAAAAUUGUUUGCAAAUCAUGUCGACAAAGUGGUGGUGAUAUUGUAUUCUGCGCCUCUUGCAACACUCGUAUCCAUAUUCAAUGUUUGAAUCCGCCGCUUGACGAAAUGCCCGAAGUUUGGAAUUGCCUUGCUUGUUCGGUCGAACCGUUGAAGGGCAAAGUACAACGAAUUAUCACUUGGCGUUGGAAAAAAAUUAACACUUCAAAAGAAGAUGAAAUGAAUGGUGACCAGAAGACACAGAUGUCAGCCGAAGAUACGACAAAAAACUUGCUCAAAAAUCUUAAAAAUCGCAAGCCUCGCGAACGUGAAUUCUUUGUUAAAUGGAAAGACAUGUCCUAUUGGCAUUGUUCUUGGAUCGAUGAAGCCCAACUUCAGGUUUUUCAUUCAAAUAUGUAUCGAUUCUAUGCACAAAAGAAUGAUAUGACCAAUCCUCCUAUGUUCGAUGAAGCUGGCAUGCUGACGACAAAUCUUUCUGAACCGAAAUCAAUUGACGACCUUGGUAGGUCUGCCGUUGAUGAGGAACAAAAUAAUAAAUUCGAAGAUAAUCCUGCUGCCCUUGCCGCUUCUAUAGCAAGUAAACAUCGUCGCCGUAAACGAUGUAGUAAUCUACCGUCAGAAAUAGAAGAGACGUAUGUUAGAAAUGGUGUACGUCCAGAAUGGUUACUCAUACAUCGAAUCGUUAAUCACCGAAAAAAUCGAGGAAAAAUUUACUACCUUAUCAAAUGGCGGGAUCUUUCAUACGAAGAGGUUACAGCCGAACCUGAACCAGAAAAUUGUGAUUUCGAGAUACCUGAUUACCAGAAAAAAAUUGACGAAUAUUGGAAUCUUCGUCGGCUUAUUGAAGAAGAAACUGCCGUCGAUGAUGAGAAACUACGUAAAUCUAAAGAUCGCGAUGGUGAGAAACAUCGAAAAAAAGAUAAACAUCAUGGUAGUAAAAAAAUGAAACAUUUUGGUGCCCAUCCAAAAACAGAUCCGAAAAAGAAAUUGGAUCAACAACCAGAAUACAUUCCUGAGCCACUCAAGCUUCAUGAUUAUCAGAUGGAAGGCAUUAGCUGGCUUCGAUAUUCAUGGGUAUCUGGUAUUGAUACCAUAUUAGCCGAUGAAAUGGGUCUGGGUAAAACCAUCCAAACGGUUAGCUUCCUAUAUUCUUUGUACAAAGAAGGUCAUUCUCGUGGCCCAUUUCUUAUCGCUGCUCCAUUAUCAACAAUAAUUAACUGGGAACGUGAGCUCGAAGAUUGGGCACCCGAUUUCUAUGUGGUAAAUUAUACCGGUAACAAAGACUCUCGUAUCAUCAUACGAGAAAAUGAAUUAAGUUUCGAUGCUGAUGUCAUACGUUCUGCCAACAAAGCAACCCGUAUUCGUAAACAUGUACCUGUCAAAUUUCAUGUGCUGCUCACCUCGUACGAAUUAAUCAAUCUGGAUUCUGCUUUACUCGGCUCGAUCGAUUGGAAAGUGUUGGUUGUCGAUGAAGCUCAUCGAUUGAAAAGUAACCAAUCAUUAUUCUUUCGAACGCUCAAUCAGUACAGCGUAGGACAUAAACUAUUGCUAACUGGAACUCCAUUACAAAAUAAUCUUGAAGAAUUAUUCAACUUGUUGAAUUUUCUUAGUCCCGAUCGAUUCAAUGAUAUGGAUGGCUUUCUCAACGAAUUCGCUGACAUUGCCAAAGAAGAACAGGUUAAAAAGUUACAUGAAUUGCUUGGUCCACAUUUAUUGCGACGAUUGAAAGCCGAUGUUCUCACCGGUAUGCCGGCUAAAUCCGAGUUUAUUAUUCGUGUCGAUUUAGCUCCAUUGCAAAAAAAAUACUACAAAUACAUAUUAACUCGAAAUUUUGAUGCGUUGAAUUCGAAAUUUGGUGGCAAACAAGUAUCACUGCUCAAUAUUGUUAUGGAUUUGAAAAAAUGUUGCAACCAUCCUUAUCUAUUUCCUGUUGCGGCUGAAGAAGCACCAAAAACAAAAUUGGGCUAUUUCGAAGGCAGUCCGUUGGUCAAAGCAAGUGGCAAAUUGAUAGUGUUACAAAAAAUGCUCCGUAAACUUAAAGAGGAUGGCCAUCGAGUUCUUAUAUUUUCACAGAUGACUCAAAUGUUGGAUGUUCUUGAAGAUUUCCUCGAAGCCGAAGGCUACAAAUUCGAACGCAUCGAUGGAGGUGUGACUGGCUCCGUUCGACAAGAAGCCAUCGAUCGUUUCAACGCUCCAGGAGCCAAACAAUUCGUUUUCUUAUUGUCUACACGUGCCGGUGGUCUUGGCAUCAAUCUUGCAACUGCAGAUACGGUCGUUAUUUAUGACUCUGAUUGGAAUCCUCACAACGAUAUCCAAGCGUUGAGCCGUGCUCAUCGUAUUGGUCAAACGAACAAAGUAAUGAUUUAUCGAUUUGUGACAAGAAAUUCGGUUGAAGAACGAAUCACACAAGUAGCCAAAAAGAAAAUGAUGUUGACACAUUUGGUCGUACGUCCAGGUCUUGGAUCAAACAAAUCUAACGCUACAAUGUCGAAACAAGAAUUGGAUGAUAUUCUUAAAUUUGGUACCGAAGAAUUGUUCAAAGAGGAAGAGACAAAAGAAUCAGAAAUGAUUCAUUACGAUGACAAGGCAAUUGAUGGCUUACUCGAUCGAACACAGGAAGGUAUCGAACAAAAAGAAAUGUGGGCAAACGAAUAUUUGUCGUCUUUCAAGGUAGCAAAUUACGUAACCAAAGAAGCUGAAGAAGUUGAGGAAGAACUGGAAGAAGUUGUCUCUUCGAAACAGUCUAAAGAUGAGGCACAAAAUGAUCCUCAUUACUGGGAAAAGCUAUUAGGAGCCCAUUAUCUCCAAUAUCAAGAAAACAUUACUCGUUCAUUGGGCAAAGGCAAACGAGUUCGAAAGCAAGUCAACUACUUGGAUUCUGCUUCCGGACAAAAUGAUUUUCAAAAUCAAGAAUCUAGCGAAAGUUCGGACUUUUCCGUUCCUUCUGCAGAUGCAAGUGAGAAUGAUGAAGACUUUGAUGAACGAUCAGAAGGUCGUAAUCAAAAAUUUACCCGAUCCAACAAAAAUACACCAGCUAAAGAGAAAAUGCCACCGCUAUUAUCUUCGAUUGGUCAAAACACUGAGGUACUUGGAUUCACACCCAAACAUAGAAAAAUAUAUCUCGAUUUGGUCAUGCGAUUUGGUUUGCCCAAUCUGGAUUAUAAUCUCACUGAUUCACAGUUUUUCAUUCGUGAACUGAAAAAUAAACCCGAAAAACAUUUAAGGGCGUAUACAUCUCUUUUUAUAAAUCAUUUGUGCGAACCGGGUGACGACCCUACCGCAUUGACAUUCGAAGAUGGUGUGCCAAAAGAAGGUCUAAAUGUUAGCCAAGUAUUAUCACGUAUCGGUAUUAUUUCAUUGAUUAAACGUAAAGUAUGUGAAUAUGAAGCGAAAAAUGGCUCCAUAUCAAUGCCGAAUCGGCAAGCUAAGACAAAGCCAAAGCAAGAACCAUCACAAACCGUAUGCAUGAAUAGCAAUGAAAAGACUGCUGAAAACCAGAAUCAAACGAAUGGUCAGUCAACGGAUAAUCCAACUGAUAAUGAACCGAAACCAGAUGUCGAUAAUAAAAUCGAUGCAGUCAAAAGUGAGGCUAUUCCUGUUCAAAGUGACAACAAUGCCGUCGAAUCAAAUGCCGAUGAUAAAAAUGUUGAGGUAAAAAAAGAGGACGAUGGCAAUGAAAAAAUGGAUAUUGAUCAACAGCCAUCCACUACUGAUCAAAAAUCGAAUACUAAUGAUAAAGAAAGUAGCAACGAAAUAAAAGAAGAAAAUAAUCAAAACGAUGAAGAAGAUCAAGUUCGACCAUUCGAAUUCAACAUUCAAGAUGGUGGUUUCACUGAAUUGCAUACCCUUUGGUAUUUUGAAGAAAAAGAACUGCAGCGACGCCGUGAACAUGAUAUAUGGAAUCGACGUCAUGACUAUUGGCUUUUGGCUGGCAUUGUAAAACAUGGCUAUGAACGUUGGCAUGAUAUUACUAAUGAUGAAGAUUUUUCCAUCCUCAACGAACCUUUCAAAAAUAGCGGCAACAUUCGCGAUAAAUUUAUGGAACGUCGUUUGCGGCUUCUGGAACAGGCAUUAGUAUUCGAAGAACAGCUUCGCCGCUUUGCUCAUCUGGCUAAUCAAGCUACAUUUAUUGUUGCAGGUGAAGAAAAGAAGCCGGAAAAAACUGAAUCUAACGGUCAUGAUGAUAAAGAUAAAAAUGGAGUAGAUGAACAAACUGAAACGAAAGAUCAGAAAUCUGAUGAAAAAGAAAAAGAUAGUGAAUCAACUUCGGAAAAUGUUGAUCAAAACAAAGAAAAUGAACCAUCUAAAAACCUUAAUCCAAUUCUACAACGGGCCAGUAAUCACUUGGAAGAUUUGUUGAUUGAUAUGAAAAGUGAUUGUGCACGUAUACCGCAAACAGUGCAACGAAUACCAUCAAUAGCUAACAGAUUACAAUUGGCACCUCGUACAGUACCAAGUAAUAGCUCUGGUCAACAUCAUUCGCAUCAUCAACCACAACAUACGACAAUGUUGGCAUCGAAUUCAUUGCUUUCGUCGAACCAUCAUCGUAAUUGAGAAAAAGCAAGAAGCAUAUCUUUUAUUAUGAUUAGUUUCAUUGUAAUUUGUACUCCUAUUUCUUUUCAUAUUAGCCUGUUUGUUCUAAUAAUUGAUUAA